AAUUGAAUUUCCUCAAGUCAUUUCGUCCUGUGACUGCAGUUGCACCCUGAAAAUCUCCAGGAUAAGGAAAGUCCCAUAUAUACUGAACUGCGAGCUUGAUGAAUGUUGAAUUGCACAUGGAGACUCUGACCAGCAGCAAUUUCACUCCAAAACCGCACCUAAAAUCUCCUUGGACUAAACUUCACUCAUUCAAUUACCUUCACACCUUCAAAAUCAAAGCCUCUUCAACAAGAACAGCUCAUUCAUCGACUCGUAAAAAACGAAUCCCCGAAAAAUUCCAAGAAAAAGACGCCUUCCCUAAUUUCUUAUCAGUUCACACAAGGAACCCACAUGCAAUUUACAAAGAUAUUCAGGAAUUCGCGAACCAAAACAAGCUCAAAGAAGCACUGGCUAUACUGGAUUACCUAGACCAGCGUGGCAUCCCUACAAAUUUGACUACAUUUUCUUGUCUUCUUGCAGCUUGCGUGAGGCUUAAAUGUAUUAAUUCAGCAAAACAAGUGCAUGCCCAUAUAAGAAUUAAUGGUCUUGAAAAGAAUGAGUUUUUACGAACGAAACUUGUUCAUACGUAUGCGAGUUGCGGGUCCAUUGAGGAUGCAAAGAAGGUGUUUGAUGAUAUGAAUGUUUCAAGUGUGUAUCCGUGGAAUGCAUUGCUCAGGGGAAAUGUGGUGUUGGGUAGGCGUAAUUAUCAUGAAGUCUUGGGGGCAUUCUCUGAAAUGCGGGCUUCCGGGGUGGAGAUGAAUGUUUAUAGUUUUUCUUGUUUGAUAAAGAGUCUUGCAGGGGCUAAAGCACUUCGUCAAGGCCUGAAGACUCAUGCGCUCUUGACAAAAAUUGGUUUGGCGGGGAGAAUCAUAGUUAGAACUAGUAUGAUAGAUAUGUACUUCAAGUGUGGAAAGAUUAAGCUGGCACGUGCUUUGUUUGAUGAGAUUGAGAAGAGGGAUGUGGUAUCCUGGGGUGCGAUGAUUGCGGGUUUUGCUCAUAAUAGUCUGCAAAGGGAAGCAUUGGAGUAUGUGAGGCGAAUGGUCAGGGAGGGUGUGGAAGUAAAUUCAGUUAUAUUGACUAGUAUUCUGCCGGUUAUUGGGGAAGUUUUGGCCCAAAAACUUGGGCAGGAGGUUCAUGCUUAUGCGAUAAAAACAAAGGAGUACUCUAAACAGUUGUUCAUUCAAUCUUCUUUGGUUGAUAUGUAUUGCAAGUGCGGGGAUAUGGUAUCUGGAAGAAAGGUGUUCUAUGGGUCCAUGGAGAGAAAUACCGUUUCUUGGACGGCUCUUAUGUCAGGUUAUGUCACUAAUGGGAGGCUUGAGCAGGCCGUGAGAUCAAUUGUUUGGAUGCAACAGGAAGGAUUCAAGCCCGAUGUAGUCACGGUUGCAACGAUUCUUCCAGUUUGUGGUCAAUUGCGGGCAUUGAGAAAAGGGAAAGAAAUUCAUGCUUAUGCUGUCAAGAAUGGAUUUAUUCCAAGUGUAUCUAUUGCUACUUCGCUAAUGAUGAUGUACUCAAAGUGUGGCAGUUUGGAGUAUUCUUUGAGAGUGUUUAAUAAUAUGGAGAACAAGAAUGUAAUAUCGUGGACAGCGAUGAUUGAGUCCUGUAUAGGAUGUUCUCACCUACAUAAAGCAUUGAGCGUUUUUCGGUCAAUGCAGUUGUCCAAACACAGGCCAGACUCAGUAACGAUGUCAAGGAUGUUGAGUGUUUGUGGUGAACUUAGAGUUCAGAAACUUGGAAGGGAGAUCCAUGGACAAGUUUUGAAGAAAGAUCUUGAAUCUAUUCCUUUUGUUUCUUCUGAACUUGUGAAAAUGUAUGGAAACUGCGAGGCAAUUGAUAAGGCAAAGUUGGCUUUUGAUGCGAUCCCUGUGAAAGGCUCAAUGACAUGGACCUCUAUUCUUGAUGCUUAUGGAUGUAAUGGUCAUUAUGAAGAAGCAGUAAAUCUUUUCAAGCAGAUGUUAUCCAAUGGUUUCUCUCCAAACCAGUUCACUUUUAAAGUGGUUCUGCAUAUUUGUGAGCAAGCUGGAUUCGCGGAUGAAGCUUGUGGUUUUUUUUCAUCAAUGAUUCGGAAGUAUAAAAUCAAAGCGUCUGAAGAACAUUACUCUAGCAUCAUUGAUCUUCUCACUCGUUUGGGUCGAGUGGAGGAGGCUGAAAAUUAUAUUCAACUGAGAUCAUCCUUAUCUUGAGCCUAAUAACUUCAAUCCACUUAAUUAAUUUGAAGCGGAGGUUGAUGCCAGGAAUCUCUUUUCAUCAUAUAUACCAAGGACAAAUGCUGUCACUAAAGUGAAAGAGAAAAACUGAAUUAUCUAAAACUACAGAAGAAGAGGGUGGGCUGGCUAGGGUCAGACAACAAAACAUCGGGCUCAAUGGAGAGAAUGUUAAACAGGACCUUGUUAACUCUGUUCCAAUCAGCCACUCUAACCGUCUUCUAAAAUUUGGCAUUCAUGAUGAUAUAGUAAAUAUUAGGAGCUUGAAUUAUCUGGUAUUUUCUUACUGACUGGUGCUUAUCUGUUGUACUCGUGUGCCUUGUGUAUAGUCAUUCUUUGUCAUAGUUUAUUAGAAAUAGUAAUAGGUUUGUUUAGUAUAUGCACUUUGAUUACUUGAGCUAUUUAAGGUUGCUAAGUUCUAACAGCCUCUCCUUUUUGACUGAUUACAUUGUUGUAGAAAUAAAAUAUCACAAUGUAGGCUUAUACAA